UCUGGCUGGUUGUCCCUCCUCCUCAUGAACUUUCUCUGCUGUCAGUGACUUCCUCACCAGGUGAAGAAAAGGUCAAGGUGCUCAUGGUCCCAGUCCCAGUACCAGUCUUCAUUCCAGUUCCGAUGAACAUGUACUCUCAAAAGACACCUGUCCCCAUGGCUAUGCCCAUGCCUGUUCCAGUACCUUUGGUGGUACCACCACAGAAAAAGGAAGUGAGUGAUGUAGCUGUCCAAUCUGAGCCUGUACAUGUGGAGGAAGAUAAACAGAAGGUCUUGCCCAUUGCCAGUGAAGACCAGGACAGUUCUCACCCCAGAGAAAUAGACCCCGAGGAGAUGACUCCAAUUAUCAGUGAGGACAAUGAGCCUGAAAAACAAGAGUGCACGGUACAACGUAAUGAAAAAGAAGAGUGCAUAGAACAGGCUGAAGAAAACGAACAUUCCAGCAAACAAAUCAGCGAAAAAGAAGAGCGCACAACACAAAGAGAUGAAAAACUGAGGUUCACAAUACAAACUGAUGAAAAAGAAGAGUGCACAGUGCAAACGGAUGAAAAAGAAGAGUGCACAGUGCAAACAGAUGAAAAAGAAAAGUGCACAGUGCAAACGGAUGAAAAAGAAGAGUGCACAGUGCAAACGGAUGAAAAAGAAAAGUGCACAGUGCAAACGGAUGAAAAAGAAGAGUGCACAGUGCAAACGGAUGAAAAAGAAAAGUGCACAGUGCAAACGGAUGAAAAAGAAAAGAGCACAGUGCAAACGGAUGAAAAAGAAGAGUGCACAGUGCAAACGGAUGAAAAAGAAAAGUGCACAGUGCAAACGGAUGAAAAACAAGAGUGCUCACAGCAACCUGAUCAGCAACCUACUAUAUACUCUGUGGGAAGCACUGAGGCAACUGAUCCAAAAAUUAGUGCCCAGCCAGAAGAAAGCAUGAUAACGAGUGAGCCACCUUCCACCAGCAUUGAACAUGACUCCCCCUCUUCUCCCAUGAUGGACCUGGAGACUGAAUUACCAACUGUACUGUUGGAUCAGAAGAGGUCAACUCCCCAGCGAGGAGUGAAGAGACCCAGAGAAGGUUCCUCUGGCCGUAAACGGAGUCGAAGGCGCACUGCUUCACUGGAUCGCCGUGCAGUCAAGUCUCCAGCCGGCUCAAAACUGAACCACUUAUAUGGAGUUAAAGCGUGGAAGAACUGGGUCCAGCAGUGCCAUGCCCAACCACAGGGCUCUCAUUCACUGGAUGUUAAAGAGGACAUCCUCCAGUGUGACUCCGCCCAGCUGAGCGUGGCUCUGUCUCGCUUUGUCAGACAAGUGAGACGACCCAACGGAGAGACUUACAGCCCAGAUAGCAUCUUCUACCUCUGUUUGGGCAUACAGCAGUAUCUGUUCAUAAAAGGCCGCAUAGAAAACAUUUUUACUGAUGAGCUGUACAGCCAGUUUGCCAAAGAAAUCACUGGGAUGCUGCGACUCUGGAAACCAAAGCUUCAAGCUGGUGGUGGCGUUAUUUCUUCACGUGUUGAGGAGUCCUACCUGUGGGAGUGUAAGCAGCUGGGUGCCUAUUCACCCAUCGUGUUGCUCAAUACACUGCUUUUCUUCUGCACCAAGAGCUUUGGCUUCACAACAUUGGCUCAACACAGAAAGCUCUCUUUUGCCAACUUCAGCCGGCAGUCCAAACCCUGCAGCCGCACAGGAAAGGUCCAGUGCCUCCGAUACCUGAAAAGUGCUGUUGGUCCAACUACUCGAGAAGAGACAGAGCGAACGAGGAAGAAGCAGGAGGAGAUGGGGGGCGACAUGGAGAUGCUGGAAAACACUGCAAACCCUCUUCACUGUCCCGUCAGACUCUACGAGUUCUAUCUGUCUAGAUGUCCAGAGUCAGCGAAGAAGAGAUAUGAUGUGUUUUACCUCCAACCUGAGAGAAAUGUCAACACUCAAAGUUCCCUUUGGUUUACAUCCCAGCCUUUGGAGAGUUCCACCUUACAGAGCAUGCUGACCCGUAUCUUGGCAGUCCGCGAGGUUCAGCAGAAACAGGAAGCAGCUCUGCAGCAGCCGGCGGCGACAUCCUCAGCCGCCAAUGACGGUGUCCACUGAUGCACAGCUGCACUUUCCUGCUUCCUGCUAAAACUGUGCAUUCCAUCAGUCAUCUCUGCAACACAAACCUCUGAUGCUGUUCAGGUCACCGUGGAUUGAGGCUGCACGUACACUCAUCCAGGCUGUUGGGACCCUGUUCACCGGGCUUUCAAAGACACAGCAGGAUGAGAGACUGUGACACAAAAACAGGCAUCUUUGAAAUGUGGGGUUCUUGUAUUGACUUACCUCAGUGGCUCUCUCCUCUCACAAACGUGCACAAUAAGUUUACAAACAUCUGACAUUUCCGUCUGUAUGUGUGGGAGUGGGAGUGAGCACCCUGCUCACCCGCUCUCAUCUCAUCCAUGUACAAAGCUGCAGUAACAGUGCGUCAGUUUAAAGUGAUGUUACUGGUCAUUAAUGAAGACCAGGUGUGUCUCAUGUACAGUUCUCUAAUUCCUAACAAUGUUCUUACCCCAAAUCACAAAA